AACCUUUGACGUAACGUAACUACUGACUGCUUCUCUCCUUUUCAGUUUUGAUUAUUCAAUCAAAUGGCUUAGUGAUUGUGCGCACUUCACCUUAAUAUGCGAUUAUUGAUAGUUGAUACUGAUUAGAAUUGACGAUUGUUAUGUGAUUUUAAAUGAUAUGGGAUUCUUUACCAAUUUUUCUUUGUGAUAAGUCUAAUACAACCAAGCAAGGCAAUCCUGCAAGUGAAUGAUGCAUUCUAUAUUUUGGACAGGCAGAGUGUUAUCACGUGCUAUAAGAAAUGGACUUUCGAAUUUAUCCAGUGCAGCUGAAUUAAAUGUUUCCCAAAAGAAACAUCCAUAUUUAGUGUCAGUGGUUUGUGGUUUUCCUAAAGAUAUUGCGAAUGGGAGGUCUCAUAAAGGACAGUUUGGCGACGAUGCCUGGUUCUCCACUACCUUCAACAAUGCUGAUGUCAUUGGUGUCGCUGAUGGUGUGGGAGGCUGGAGGGCAUAUGGCAUUGAUCCUGGAGAGUUCUCCUCUUACCUUAUGAAAACUUGUGAGAGACUUGUGAGGAUGGGACAUUUCAAGUUAUCAGAACCAGGAGACCUUUUAGCAAAGUCAUACUAUGAAUUGUUAGAACACAAGAAACCAAUUUUAGGAAGUAGCACAGCCUGUGUAAUGAUACUUGACCGCAAUGAGAGUAUAAUGCGAGCAGCAAAUAUAGGUGAUAGUGGAUAUAUGGUGGUGAGAGGGACCCGCAUAGUACACAGGUCACAUGAACAACAGCACUACUUUAAUACACCAUACCAACUAAGUCUGCCGCCACCAGGACAUGAUAGGAAUGUGUUAAGUGAUAGGCCGGAAUCAGCCGAAACUGCUGAGUUCAAAGUAGAAUGCGGGGACGUAAUUCUUGUAGCGACCGAUGGAGUAUUUGACAACGUGCCAGUAACAGUGUUGGUGGCCGAGAUGCGUAGAGCGCAGGGCAUGGACAACGAUUCCCAGAAGUUACAGGCCGUGGCGAACUCCAUUGCUUGGAUGGCGCGCAAUCUCUCCUUCGAUGGCUGUUAUAUGUCGCCGUUCGCCAAGAGCGCCCGCCAGAAUGGCAUAGAUGCCAUAGGUGGAAAACCAGAUGAUAUAACAGUGCUUCUGGCAAUAGUGGCGCUAUGAAGCCAUCAUUUGACUGUUUUAGUUUAGAUUUUAUUUGUUUUGAAUAGUCCUUUCUUCCAAAUUAAAAUCAACACCUAUUAUUUAAGCAAAUUAGUUAUCUUGACAUGUUUUGGAAUAUUGAAUUUCACAAAAUUAAAGACAUGCUUGGAAUACAUUGGUCAUUUGUGAUAAAUGUAAUAUAGUGUAAUAGUGAAUCUGGUAUGCUUUAUUUAAAAUACAAUGUGUGUAUUUUUUUUUAAUUUAAGAUUUUGUAGCAGGUGCUUUUACCAUAAAAAAGGUUAUGAUCAGCAUCUGGAAAAUAUUUCUAUCAAGUCCCCUGUAGACUUGUAUGAAAUAUUACAUGGAAAGUCAAUUGUAUGAUACAUUUAAAAUAGUAAAAUGUUUGCAUUUGAUAACAUUAAAGGGUUAAUGCUAUAUGCAGAUUUAAAAAGUUGUGAUGUUAAUAUUGUUUGAUUGAAGACUGAUUCUAGUAUAAAUGUAUUGUUUUGUAAAUAACUGGAAUGGUAAUGUGUCUAUUUAAUUUUUAUAACCUUAUACCUUCAAACUAACUCUUAUUUUUUUCUAUUUUAAUACUGAUACAUUUUAUUCUAUUAGUUUAACCAUUCUUUCUACAUUUUGUAAAAUUCUAGUUACUGUCCAGGUAUACCUAAAAAUGGACCUUUCAUAAAUUUAUAGUUGUGUACUUAGUCCCCAUUGAAGAAAUAAUAAAACUUAAAAUAUCUAUAAAACAUACAAUAUUAUUUAUAAAGUUUAGUGUGGAUCUGUGCAGAAAUUCUAACUUAUUUUUUAUCUUUUAUAAACUAUUUAGAAAAAUUGUGAAUCAGUUUAAGGUACAGUUGACCACUGUGAAAGUUUUUGUAUAAGAAACCUACUUACUUGAUCUAAUGUCUUCUUUUUGUAAUUUUUGAUAGUCAUGUAUGAUUAAUUGUAAAUUAUGUAGAAGAAUUGGUAAUAAAUUAAGACAAAUAAACUUUAA